AUGGUGGAGGCGGCGAGGAAGAACUUCGAGUCGCUCAUGGCGGAGAUAAGCUCGGACGAGGAGGCUCCAGUGACCAAGCAGGAGGAAAAGAAAGAGGAGCAGCAAAGUCCUCCUCCACCGCCCUCCACAGAGACGAAGAAAGAUGAGGAGAAGGAGGAGGAGGAGGAGGAGGAGGAGCCUGCAGGUUUCAAGUAUGCAGCGAGCGGCAAGGGGAAGAAAGGGCGCCAGCAGAAGAGGAAGGAGGCGAAGGCGGCGAUGGAGAAGAAGCGGCAAGAGGAGGCGAAGGAGUCGAUGAAGGGCUGGGUGGACCCGAGAGAGGAGGAGGACAAGAGCAUAGCGAAGCUGCUCGAGCCGCUGGGCAUGCGAGUAAGGGACAUCAAGCCCGACGGGAACUGCCUCUACCGCGCGCUCGCGGACCAGUGCCGAGAGCAUCGGGACUCUCUCCCGGAGCAGCUGGGGAAGGAGGUGGAGAAGUGGGGGGGAGGAGAUGAGGAUGGUUACCGCAGCCUCCGCCGGGUGGCCGCAAACUUCCUGAGGUCGCACCAGGCAGAGUUCGAGGGGUUCGUGGAGGAAGCGGACUUCUCUUCGUACGCGCGGCAGGUGGAGGAGACGGCAGAGUGGGGAGGAGACAUCGAGCUCAUGGCGCUUGCUCGUGCCCUGCAUGCCAACAUUCACGUGUACAGCGCGAGGAUGGACGAGCAGACCUUCAGUCCCUUCUCCCCCUCCUCCGUCCACCUCCGGCUCUCCUUCCACCAGCACGCAUACAGCCUGGGGGCUCACUACAACUCCGUCGUCCCUGCUUGA